GCGCUCCGGCCCCGGCACCGGAAGGGGCGGCGGUGGCUGCGGCGGCGGCCGGGCCGAGGUGAGCGAGGGCCGCGCGGAGAUCCGGGGCCCGCUACCGGCUGCCCAACGCUCCGGGGCACCGGUGAGCGCUCCCCGCGGCCCCCGGUUCCCUGUAGGCCGCAGUGUAGGCCGUGGUGCGGCCCGCGGGGUGCGGGAGGCCCCCGUGCUCCGGGCACCGCGGUGUAGGCCCAAGCGGGGGCCCGUGGGGCUCGGCCGCCGUGGCGGGGCUGUGUCUUGUCGGUGACCGCCGUGCCGCCGCCCCUUGCCGCCAUGUGGUCCGUGCUAUGGACUGCCGUGCGCACCCAUGCGCCCUACGUCACCUUCCCGGUGGCCUUCGUGGUGGGCGCCGUGGGCUACCACCUGGAGUGGUUCCUCCGAGGCCCCAGCCCGCCGCCGGCCGAGGAGGAGGAGAAGAGCAUCUCGGAGCGGAGGGAGGACCGAAAGCUGCAGGAGAUUGCAGGCAAAGACCUGACCAAGGUGGUGAGCCUCAAGGAGAAGUUGGAGUUUGCCCCUCGGGCGGUGCUGAACAGGAACCGGCCCGAGAAGAGUUAAUGGAGCUGUUGGUCCUGCCAGCGUGGCGCGGCUGAAGCUGAGGACCCCCAGUUGGCCCGGAGCCAUGCACUGCAGCGCGGCUCUGGGGGCUCCUCUGUCACCUGCACGCCUCCGCCCAGACCCCGUCCUGCACCUGGCUGUGCUCGGGCUGUUCGCUGCCUCCGCUGCUGCACACCACCGUCCGUGGGCUCUGCAGAGCCAGACCCUCUCCUCCGCAGCUGAUGGGGUGAUGGUUUGGAGAUGAAAUGUGUGAAACUCACCAGCUCUCAAUCCAACCCGGCCCCGGCAGCACAAAAUCUUCAUGGCUUUAUCCACCACACAUGUCGCUUUAGGUUUGGUUUCUUUGUGGGCAUGGAAACAGAAGAGAUUUGCUCUCUGCUGUACACUUGGACCUGAGUGAUGUGGGGAUGGGUGGGCUGACUGCAGGGCGAGGAGGACCUGCCGUCCUUCUUCCAUCUCUUCUUGCACUUUGUGAACCCAGACUGGUUUGCUAGAGACCUCAGCACCUCGCCUACAUGUUAUCACCACAAGAACCUGAGUGCAGUGGAGAUCUGGAAGCUCUCCUCUGCACCAUCCUGGGGCUCUGCAGCAGGGAAGUGGAGCAGGGGAGGCAGACAUCCUGGCCCUGCAUCCAUUGUGGAGCUCAGAGGGGUAGAGAAUGAGAACUCUUGCUUUGUACAGGCACAGCCAGAUUAAACUUCUGUGAGUCCUGGG